CUGCUGCGUGCGGUUAUAUAAAUUCCUCAAAUAUACGUAACACUUUGAAUAACAUAACCACGUGCGUGUUGAGUGGCUGAUUAAUGUGCCAAGAGUAUUGUUAAAGUUUUAUUUUUAUUUUUCUUUAUUUGUCUGCUAUAGUCCUCACCGUUGAUAGGGAAUGCUUUCCUUUGUAUCACCAGCCUUUGUGGCUGCAAUAGCAGCCCCAUACCCUGGUGCAGCCAUUGGGGGUUACAUUACUAGUAGGAAUAUGAAGAACUGGUAUAUGACAAAACUACGUAAACCCUGGUGGCGUCCUCCAAAUUACGUGUUUGGCCCUGUAUGGACUGUCCUGUAUAGCAGCAUGGGCUAUGCUUCAUAUCUAGUUUAUCGUGAUGGAGGGGGUUGGAAAGGGGCAGCACGCCUACCCCUUUUACUCUAUGGAUCCCAGCUUGCUCUCAAUUGGGCAUGGACACCCUUGUUCUUUGGGAAAAAGUGGUUGGGUUGGGCUUGUAUUGAGCUGGUGGCUCUUAACAUCAACAUUGCUGCAUGUAUCUGGACAUUUGGAGAUAUCAACAUCACAGCAUCUUAUCUCAUGCUUCCUUAUCUUGCCUGGGGCGUAUUUGCCACAGGUUUAAAUUAUUGGAUUUAUGAUAAUAACAAGGAUGGGAAGCACCUGCAGGUCAGAAGUCAGAAAAAGGAAGUGUCAUCCCAGUAGAAUGCAGUAUCUGUAUUUACAAGACACUUGCGCUAGGCAGUAGUAGUAUCAGAAAUAAAUGUACCAUGUUAAUACAUUUUGUAUUUUUUGUGUAAAUAUGUUUAGGGACAAAGUAAAUAAUGUGUACAUAUUCUUUUUAUUCCAGUCCUGUUUAUGCUAUAGGAUGUAUGUUUGUUAUAGAAUGUAUAUUUCAUAUUGUUGUGAGAGUAAUGUCUGAAGGACGGUUUGCAUUCAAAUGAAUCUUCCUUUUUUUUAAGGAUUCAUUAGAAGGUAAUAUAUAUCACUUAUAAAUAUGUUUAUUUAAAUACAAUGAAAAAACUCA